AGGUUCUCAUAGCUAUCAGUUGAAAGGGAACGGAUAGAAUCGGAGGAGUGUCGAUCGUUCUUUAAAGGAGUUUCAGUUAUCGUUACUGGUAGCUCCCUUGAACCUCGUUUCUUCUUUUCUUCGAUACUCGGAUGCUACUUCUUCUAUUCCAUGGGAAUUCCGCGAAAUAACGAGGUAACUUCUCGUUCGGAUAGAAACGCCGCGGCGUCUAGACGGGAUGCGCUGUAUUUGCACGGUAUAUUGCACCAGUUGAAUAGCUUAUUCGAAAGUCUGCCUCGCAGUCUGCUCGACCACUCGGUUUUUCCAUACAAAGAGGAUUAGCAUCGUCCUCUUUGUCUUUCGACGUUCCUCUCCUUUUGCCCUUCCAUUCUUUUUUCCCAUCUCACACUUUAUCGAUCCAUUCCCUUUUUCCCUGUUUCCACCUUCUCGUUCUUUUCUUCGCCGACGAGCGAAGCGUGCUUUACCAACGCUUUUCCAACUCGGCGCAAGAUGCGGCUCCAUCGAAUACCUCUUCCACUUUGCAUUUUUGCUUAUGCUUACCAGAAGCCUACACCGACUGCCGUGCGCGUACGAUUAGGAAAUUAUUAAGUGUAAAUAGAAAAAGCGUGUUUGCAUUCGGUCUGAAGCUGAUCGUUGGCAAGCAAACGAGUCGCGGAAACGACUGGAAGCGUUUUCCUUUGAUCACAGAGGAAAAUCGCUAUCCCUUUUUCCCUUUAUCCCGACGUCUCUUCUCUAUAAACGCAGCUUUUACAUCGAAUGUCGUCUACAUACGGGAAAAAUAAAAAGGAAGAAACAGCGAACCGAUAGCUGGAAGCUUCUGAAAAUAUCAAGCUUCCUCGAUUUCAAUCUAAAUGCAAGUUCACCGGUUAUUUUCACCGGUAAACGGAAGAAAUUAACGCCGGUAUUUUAUCGAACAACCCAGUUUCCUUAUCCUUGCAUAUUACGUAAGAUUCGAGUGCUAUUUCUGAUCGCGUUUGAAAUAAGUUAUUUAUCCAAUCGAAGGUAUCGAAGAAUACGGUUGCCUUUAAUUUCCAUAAUUUCCCCGGGGUUCUGUCGUUUCUCUUUGAAAAAGCAGACGCACCGUCCUUAGGAAAAAAGCAGUCGGAUGAAACUGGUCUCGUAGCGAAACUCGAUCGGCGUUUCUUCUUCUGGUUACAUUCGAAGGAUCUUGGACGAGAUCGAAAGAAACGCGAUCUGAAAUCGUACAGCGGUCGUAGCAGCGAAAGUGAUAAAGGAGGAUCGGGCGGAUAAGGAGAGCUGUAGUUGGGAUAGGCCCGAGAAGGUGGUCGACGGUGCAACAUCGUCAGGCCCGGGACCGAAGCAAGAGAACAUGGGACACAGAGUGUACGCGCGAAAGCGAACGGAAGCCUGGGGCAGUGGAACGAACGGAGAGAGGCAAGCUUCAAACUUGGUGGCUCGUCAGUGAGACUUUAGCUAGUGUCGGAAGCGGUACAUUUCAUUACGAUUCUUAAGUCGCGCGCGAAUUUUCGAGCCACCGAGGAGGUGGUGCCCGAAAAAUCAACGCGAUUCGAAAAGCUACGAAAACCGAGGGGAUUUUGAAUUCAAAGAAGAAUACUUCAUCCUUCGAAACUCCACGAAUUACGUUCUGUCAGAUUAGUGUUGUGGUCGAAUGUGUCGGUUUUUGAUUGACGGUGCGAAUCGCUCGAAGGGAAGCGAAUUUUUCGAGGAUCUAGAAAACCAGCGAUCUUCUCUUGGAUGACGCAAAAUUCGUUGGCUCGGAUGGUCGAGGAAUGGCGCGAGGAGGAGUUGAACGCGCGUCGGCUGACACGCUGACACGCUGACACGUUGGCUGGCGAGAUUCGAAGCGGCGGCACUCGAAGAGUAAAAAAAGGCAACGAGUUCUGAGCCGGUCGGUCCGCGCGCGAACCGAAUCGAUCGGUAACGAAAUGGACACGCGGCCGCGUAUAGAUCGCGGAGUUUGAUCGAGAAUCGGGCAAGAGGACUGGCAGCCUCUGGACGAACGAACGCGCAAAGUUCUUUCGCUCCGAUCGGCUAAUUCCGACCAAGGCAAUAUUCGCCGAAUCGUACGGCGAACAUCGCUCAACAUGUUCGGGACGAAAUUUCGCACGUGGAUGGAGGCACACAUCGUGCGAUCGAAAAAGAAGAAGGACAGGAAGAAGGGUGACAAGGGGUUCGAUUCGAACUGCAACUCUCCCAGAAACUACGCCGGCAACAGAUCUCCUGGAUUGCAUCAAGUUCAUCCGGUGGAUUCGCCGACGAAGAACGUGGACGGAAUCCGGUUGCACGAGGGAAGCAGCAGCCGCAGCGGUACCGUCACCACCUCCUCGGCCACGUCCGCCGGCACGGCAAGCGUCAAUCUAUCCUCUCCGGAAAGCGCGUACAGCACCGGAUACUCGACGGACGGUACCUCGCCUGGAACCAGUUAUCCCCCCGAAUAUUACAUCAACAUCCGUACCGGAACUCAUUAUUUUCAAAGCAACGGCGUCCAAGGUACCGCGAACGCCAACGGCAGACCAAAGAGGCCGAUCGACGCCGCGGAUCAACCGCCUGCUGCACUACAUUCGAGACAUGGGAAGUUCGACGACAGCGUCGAACCGUCCUUCUCCGCUAGUAUGACCAGCAGAGACACCGAUCACCCUUCGAGAGACCUUCGCACCAGCACCCCUAACGAGAGCAGCGAACAUCCGGGAAAGCAGAGACCGAAGCAGCAACAGCUAUCGCAAUCACAGACGCAACAAGAGAGGUACCAUCGACGGACCGAGUCGUUUUCAGCGGACUCGUCGAGAAGCAACCAAGCCGUACCCUCGUCUAUACCACCGCCGUUGCUCUCGCCUACGGUCCAGUCGCCCCGUGAACGAUCUCGGAUUCGAACUAAUCCGUGGCUUUCGGCCAACUCGUCCGGUUCCAGCAGCAACGGCUUCAAGUCCAGACUGAAUCUGGACGACACAAGCAGCGGCUCUGGCUUGAAAUUAACCGAAUCCUCUGGGAGCGCCAGCGACGUGAACGUAAACAGCGCGAAAGAGAGUCUCGCGAGAAGAGAUUUAAAGCAAGAGAGCCUCAGCGCUGGAAGAAGUCCUCUCCUUCUUUGUAACAGGAUAAAUCAUAAUUGGAGAAUAGCGUCCGGGCUGGAGAUUCGUCCAAAGAUAUCUCUGUCGGUGCAACGGCGAAGCAGCAGCAGCAGUCGCAGUAGCAGCAGUAGCGGUAGCAACGGAAGUAGCGGUAGCAACAACAACCGUAGCGGUAGCAGUAACGAUAACGGCAACGGUAACGGCUCGUCCGGUUCGUCGGUGACGCGAAGCGUCAGAUCGUCCGAGGACGAUAUCACGUUGAACGAGAUGAUGGGGAAAUUCGACGAGAGUUACGUGUACGAGAAAGAGACGGACAUAUUAUCCGACAGCGACCCGACCGACUGCGAGGACUACAUCGACUCGUUGUCGGACGCGGACGCCGCGCGAGACGCCGGCGACGAGAACGAUCCGUUGGAAAACGACGAUUUCGAUUAUAUCGAUAACGGCUCCUCGUUCCUCGAUCUCGACAAUCUUGACUGUUCCGCGCCCUUUACCAAUACCGGCCAUUGUACCUACUUUGCGUUCACCGGUGAACCCGCUCGACGGAGCAGCAAAUUGCGGGAGUCGUUGAUGAGACGCAGAAACAGGGACGAUGCGACGAUGCUUCAAAGGUCGAUCAGUGUGAAAAAUAGCGCCAAGAGGCAAAGCGCGCGACACAAGAAGGUGGACGAGAAACAACAGAGCGAAAAACGCAAGAAGAGAAUUUCUCAGCGUCGUAAAUCGAACAUGGAGAAACGUGACGUUGGCCGUGGCGGUAACGAGGAAAUUGGCGAAGGCGACGACGAUGACGACGAGGACGAAGAGGAGACGGCGAAUCUGAACCGCGUGCUGGUGGAGAGAAUGCUGUUGAAGAAUUCGGGCUUCAAUCAGGGUAGCAGAAGCGUCGGUGGUACUCCGAUCUGUCUUCGUCGCCGGAAACACGACGUCAAUAAGAAUCUGUCGCCUAUGAGAUCGAACGACGAACGAUCGGUUGCUCGAAUCACCGGCCUCGAUAGCGAGGAGAUCGUUAAAAGACGUUCCAAUUCUGUGAGUUACGUGAAUGGUAACAUCGUGAGGCGACGAAUAGGCGGCAAUGCUUACAUGACCACGUUCGCCUCGGAGAUCGCUUUGAUGGAGGCGGACAAGGAAGCGGAUAAAAAGUACCGUGAGCUGAUCCUCGAAGCGGAGAACAUCUUGGUGAACAUGCAGAAGAAUCAACACAGCGUGCCGAUAGUUCCAUCGCCUUCCCGUAAAUUUCACAACGGCCUCGCGAACAAACGCGUCGAGCUGAUUAAAAACACGGAAUUGAACAUCGAGCUUGCUCUUUCGAAGAGCAGGAACUCCCAACCAGAGUUGCAAAGCGGUAGCAUCAAAGAUAUAGAGCACACCAGUCCCAAGAGACAAUUUCUUCCGUCUAAUUCCCCGAUGCGUCGACUGGCAGAGCGAAACGCGUCUCCCGUCACCGGAUUCCACUUGAACGACAACCCUUACAAUAGACAGGAUGCAACGGUACCGAUUAAAUGUUUGCCAGAUUCUCCGCUUCCCUCGAGAAGAACGUCGCCUGGACUUUCGCCUACUAACAGCCUUCUUCGCUAUCCGAGGUCGAAAGUUUCCGAACCGCAGGACAACGAAGAACGUAGCGUAGGAAGACGAGGAGCGACGCCUUUGAAUUGCAACGGUAUCCUUCGACCGGACCUCGAGGCUUCUUUCGCGCGUUCUCAGGUUUGCAUACAGAACAGAGCUCGCGCUAUCUUGGCUCAGAGAGACCCCUCCGAUUCGAAUCGAGACUGUCGCGUCUCGAAAUUGUCCGGUAAAGAGGAGGGAGUCACCUCGAGCUCGUCGGACUCCGAGGAGAAAUGCGAUGUUAGAAGAAGGGCACCUCUGAUGACAUUCAGGUCGAUCGAUAUGGGCCCUAUCAAAGAAGCUUCUUCCUAUUGCCCGCAAAGCGAGCCGGUUAAAAGGAAAGUGUACGCUGGUAGCACUACUUAUGAUAGAAUUCAAAAGACGUUGGGAGAACAGGUGGUGCUGAGAAAUUCAGACGGUGACACAGCCACCGACGAUACCGACGACUCGAGGCGAUCUUUAAGGGAAAAAGUAGCUCGGUUGCGGCAGGAACGAUUAACCGCAAACGCAAACGCUCAGGAUUCGCAGAUCUUCCAACACCAACUGUCGCAAUUGCGAAGACAGAUGUUGAUGCAAACCAUCGAGGGUCUGAAAAGAAGCCUCGAGGAUCAGUCAGCGACUCUGAAGCAAACUUGCUUGGAACCGGUGAUGACCAACCGAUUACCUUGAACCUCCUCGUUGAAUUAGCGAUCGAGGAACGUACGGCUUUGUUACGUGACGAAACAAGGUGGCGAGGGGUUAACAAGGAGGUGGCGGGAAACGGUAAUCGACUGAUACCCCAGUCCUCUUUCGGGAAACGGCUCGAUUUUUAUCCUCGAGGAUAAUCGAUUGCUCUCCUUCUCCUUCUCUCCUCGUGUAACGUUGUAACCGAAUUAAUAAUGUGAUCUUCUCGAAAAUCGAGACACCCGGGAAUCGACGGUGCGCAGCAUAGCUGAAUCUCUACCUAAAUCGUUUAGAAGGGAAUCGAUCUAUUUUUCUGCCUGUCUACACGGUAAGAGACUCAAAAUUCAGAAUUUUACAUAUUUUCUGAGUAUCGUUCUCUCGCGAUCUGUUCCCCGCUCUUCGUUCUUCCGUUCCUUUUCUUUCAACGACCAAGCAACUGAGAGUUUCUCAAAUUUUCAUCCCUCUGUUCGCGAUCUAUUCUCCUUGAUUCGUUUAUGAGACAAAAUUAAUUAGAAUACCGCGUUGAUCUUUCUCGUCUAUCGAGUCGAUUAUAUUUUUUCGUUGAAACGUUUGAUAGCGUAGUUUUCCUUCGCAUCGAGAAUACACGCUUUACAUCUCACGUAUAUCAUAUACUCGUAAUGUUCCUAUUUCUACUUGGUAAUUCGUACUAUCGAAAGAAGAGAGCCACGGUAAACGGACUAGGGGCAAAUUUGUAGUCGAUUUUGUCGGUGAAACGUAACGUUUCCCCGUUAGUAUACCAAAGAUAAUAGUCUAGCACGGUAGCAUUAGAGAGCCGUUUAGUUGAAUCAGCUAAAUACGCUAAAUACGAGUUCGUACUAUUAGACAGCUGUUGCUAGUAUCGUUUUCCUUUCAGUUUCGUAGAGAAACAACACCGUGUACCGCGUUACGUGGAAAAAUCGUCAUCUUCCAUUAUAAUACACGUCAGAGUCGAUCGCUGCGAAACUUUCAUUUUUCUUUAUCGUAAAUCAUACGUAAAAACGUUACCAACGUUCUUUUCCUUUUUUUUCUAUUUCUCUUUUGUUAACGAACGUUUCGCGGAAAUUUCACUCUGACGUGAUAGAAUGAAUACUUUGAAAAACACAGUGAUAUUUUUGCGAGAAUAGACUGAUAGUGUUAUCGAUAUUAUUGUUAGACGUAAGCGUUCAAUGACGAUUAUUUACAUGUGAUUUAUAUGUUAAAAAACAGUUCAUCGAGAACGACGAUUCGUAAUACGCGCACGAUAUUUAUGUUUGUGUUAGAUGUGCUAGAGACACCGUAGUAAAUGAAAAUAAUUAGAGGACAAUAGUGGUAGAGAAAAAAUACUAGUGCGCUAGUUAGCUAACUGAUUAUUAUCGAACUAAACAACUGUUUCUAUCUACAGCCGUUUUAUGGAAACCAUCAUCCCUCUUUGUGAUUUAUUCGCUGGUUUCGUUGAAAACUGUGAUUACAACUUGCAUAGCCAGUUUUAAGAGUUAUCGACGUAACUCGUGGAACGUUUUCGUGCCAUCCAUCACGGUGCACCGUGAUUCGGAUGAAUUCUUUUUCUUUUUUUUUUAUACUCAAUGCCUGUACAUAUACUUAGUUUUUAAUCGAAUAGAGAUCUACCUUUUUUUUUCUUUAAACGCUCCACGUAAACGAUAUGACGAUUACUAUAGUGUCAUUACUACCGUUAUUAAUUACUAUUAUUCAUAUUAUUAUUAUUACUAUGAUUUCUCAUUACUUUAGCUGAUUAAGUAGAUCGAGACAUUCCGAAGAUGUAAAUGAAGAGUUGUAGUCUUGCUUGAAAUCUUCGAUGACUCGUCGAAUGGUUAGCGAAUGAAACAUUCAAACUGUUCCCCUGUUAACAAGCAUUGCUAGUCAUCUGGUUACAUUUGUGCAGGGUAUAUGAUCGACAGUUUCGAAUUAACAUUAACGGGACACGAUAUUGUUGCAAAUUUUCUGUGUACUAAACCAUUUACAAGAUUAAAUGGUCUUUUUUUAUAUGAUUAUGAAUAAAUUAUAUUACGUCGUUGGAAA